AUGCUAUCACGUUACAAACAGAGUCCCAGUUCCACCAUGUCCUUGGCAUUCUGCGGCAAUGAGAAUAACUCGUCCGCCUACAAUGUGGAUCGUGGGGUGCUUAACAACGGGUGCUUCCUGGACGCCCUAACUGUGGUGCCUCAUGUGUUCCUUCUCUUCAUCACCUUCCCCAUCCUCUUCAUCGGCUGGGGCAGUCAGAGUUCUAAAGUACACAUCCACCAUAGCACCUGGCUGCAUUUCCCUGGACACAAUCUACGAUGGAUCCUCACUUUCAUUCUGCUCUUUGUGCUGGUGUGUGAGAUCGCAGAGGGCAUUGUGUCAGAUGGGUUUACUCAGUCUGCUCACCUGCACUUGUACAUGCCCUCAGCGCUUGCUUUCAUGGCAGCUAUCACCUCAAUAGUCUAUUACCACAAUAUAGAAACGUCUAACUUCCCAAAGCUACUGCUAGCACUGCUCAUCUACUGGAUAUUGGCAUUUGUAACAAAAACCAUCAAGUUUGCUAAGUACACGGAGCAUGGUAUAGGACUGCGACAGUUACGUUUCUGUCUCACUGGCCUUCUCGCCCUGCUCUAUGGCCUGCUACUUGCUGUGGAGAUCAAUGUCAUAAUGGGCAGACGAUAUGUCUGUUUCACCCACCCUACUGAAGUCAAACCUCCAGAGGAUCUACAAGACCUGGGCGUGCGUUUUCUCCAGCCCUUUGUCAACCUGCUGUCAAAGAGCACAUACUGGUGGAUGAAUACGUUCAUCACCUCUGCGCACCGACGACCUAUCGAUCUAAAGGUCAUAGGAAAGCUACCUAUCGCCAUGCGAGCUCUCACCAACUACCUACGACUUCGCAAGGUGUUUGAGGCCUAUAAGAAGCCACAGUGCAUGGGCCCCCAAGGGCCACAGCUUAUCUGGAGAGCCCUGCGUCAAGCUUUCGGGAGACCCCUGAUUCUCAGCAUCACCUUCCGCUUCAUGGCCGACCUGCUGGGCUUCGCCGGGCCGCUCUGUAUCUCCGGCAUUGUCCAUCACAUCAGCAGGGAGAACCGCACCAUUCAGCCUCCAGUGAGGCUUCUGGGGAUCUAUUUCAUCUCCUCGCAGGAGUUCUUGGCAAAUGCAUAUGUCCUCGCUGUCCUGCUCUUUUUCGCCCUUCUCCUCCAGAGGACUUUCCUCCAGGCUUCCUAUUACGUCGCCAUAGAAACCGGUAUCAACCUGAGAGGAGCCAUCCAGACCAAAAUAUACAAUAAGAUCAUGCGUCUUUGCACUUCAAACAUGUCCAUGGGGGAAAUGACAGGGGGGCAGAUUUGCAACCUGGUUGCCAUAGAUACCAACCAGCUGAUGUGGUUCUUCUUCCUGUGUCCUAACCUGUGGGCCAUGCCAGUUCAGAUCGUUGUUGGAGUUAUCCUGCUCUACUACCUCUUGGGAAUAAGUGCCUUGAUUGGAGCCACAGUCAUUGCAUUGCUGGCUCCUGUGCAGUAUUUCGUGGCUACCAAAUUGUCAGAAGCACAGAAGAGUACCUUGGAGUAUUCCAGUGAGCGGUUGAAGAAGACCAACGAGCUACUUCGGGGUAUUAAGCUUUUGAAGUUGUAUGCUUGGGAGCACAUCUUCUGUGCCAGUGUGGAGGAGACCAGAGGAAAGGAACUCACUAGCCUCCAGUCUUUCGCCCUCUACACCUCCGUUUCCAUAUUCAUGAAUGCUGCCAUCCCAAUUGCAGCAGUUCUCACUACAUUUGUGGUGCAUGUGCACCUGUCUGAGGAUGCAGACCUGUCCCCAGCCGUGGCCUUUGCUUCUCUCUCCCUCUUCCACAUCCUGGUCACUCCUCUGUUCCUCCUGUCCAGCGUGGUGCGCUCCACUGUUAAAGCACUGGUCAGUGUGCAGAAGCUGAGUGAGUUCUUUUCCAGUGAAGAGAUUGAGGAAGAGCAGGAACCCAAAGCCACUGUUUCCACAGGCUCCUCCAACCACAGCAAAUAUCAGGCCCUCCCCCUGAAGGUGGUAAACCGUAAACGGCCGACCAGGGAGGACUGGAAUAGCUACGGCUUACAGAAUGACAAUGAGACAGAGACACAAGUCAUGGAAGAUGACGAUACCUGUAUCAAGAUAACAAAUGGAUAUUUCACCUGGACUGACGGCACUACCACACUCUCAAAUGUAGACAUAAAGAUUCCAUUUGGCCAGCUGACUAUGAUUGUAGGACAGGUUGGCUGUGGGAAGUCAUCUCUGUUGUUGGCAGCUUUGGGAGAGAUGCAGAAAGUCUCCGGAAAUGUCACAUGGAACAGCCCUACAGACGCAGCUGGGGAAGGAGACAUCAGAAAACGAGGCCCCGUGGCGUACGCGUCCCAGAAGCCCUGGCUGCUAAACACCACUGUAGUGGAAAACAUCACUUUUGAGAUGCCCUUAAUAAAGCAACGGUAUAAAGCUGUGAUUGAGGCAUGCUCCCUACAGCCUGAUAUAGACAUCCUGCCCCAGGGCGACCAGACCGAGAUUGGAGAACGGGGUAUUAUUCUAUCAGGAGGUCAGAGACAGCGUAUCAGUGUGGCCAGAGCUCUCUAUCAGACUACCAACGUGGUUUUCCUGGAUGAUCCAUUUUCUGCGCUUGACAUUCAUCUGAGUGACCACCUCCUGCAGGAGGGCAUUCUGAAACUUCUGAGAGAGGAGAAGAGAACCGUGGUGCUGGUAACUCACAGGCUGCAAUAUCUCCCUCACGCAGACUGGAUCAUUGCUAUGAAAGAUGGGACCAUUCAGACUCAGGGCACGCUGAAGGACAUCCAGAAUUCAGAACCAGAGCUGUUUGAACAGUGGAAAAUACUGAUGCAUCGACAGGACCAGGAGUUUGAGAAGGAGACAGUGGCAGAAAACAUGACGGCGUUAGAGCGUAAGAAUCUGAGAAGGGCCAUGUACUCCCGAGAGGCGCUGAAAACCGAAGAAGAGGACGCGGAGGAGUCUGUGGAGAAUGAUAGUGAUGACAACCUGUCCCAGGCCCUGCGGCAGCGGGCCACCAUACCCUGGAGGUCCUGCGGUACCUACCUGGGCUCAGCCGGCCUGUUGCUGCUGAUCUUACUCCUGCUCUCCCAGCUCCUAAAACACUCCCUCAUGGUUGCCAUAGACUACUGGCUCGCGCACUGGACCUCCCAUGUUAUCAGAGCCAAGAUUGAGGCCACAGGACAUAACUGUACUCUAGUGCAGGACUGUGGCUUCAGUCACUCCUCCUACGUGCUGGUGUUCAGCGCGCUCUGUUGCCUGGGGAUUGUGCUGUGUCUGGUCACUUCGGUCGCCGUUGAGUGGACAGGGCUGCGUGUAGCCAAAGAGCUUCAUCGCUCCCUCCUCAGUAACAUCAUACUCGCUCCUAUGAGACUUUUUGAGACGACGCCAUUGGGAAGCAUCUUAAACAGAUUCUCUGCUGACACAAACACAGUAGACCAGCUCAUUCCUACCACUCUGGAGUGUCUGAGUCGCUCUACGCUGCUCUGUGUGUCCGCUCUGGGUGUUAUCUCUUAUGUCACCCCGGUCUUCCUUAUCGCUCUCCUUCCUCUCACCAUCACCUGCUACUUCAUCCAGAAGUACUUCAGAGUGGCCUCCAGAGAUCUCCAGCAGUUAGAGGACAGCACACAACUGCCCUUGUUGUCUCAUUUUUCAGAGACCGUGGAGGGGCUGACCACCAUACGGGCCUUCAGGUAUGAGGCCAGAUUCAGACAGAGGCUUCUAGAAUUCACCGAUGCCAAUAACAUUGCCUCUCUCUUUCUCACUGCGGCUAACCGCUGGCUGGAAGUACGCAUGGAAUACAUUGGUGCCUGUAUAGUACUCAUCGCUGCAGUGGCCUCCAUCACUAGCUCUCUUUACAAUAAUUUGUCAGCUGGUUUAGUGGGCCUGGGGCUAACAUAUGCACUGAUGGUAUCUAACUAUCUGAACUGGAUGGUGCGUAACCUGGCUGAUAUGGAGGUGCAGCUGGCCUCUGUGAAGAGGAUCAAUGGGCUCCUGAAGACUGAGCCUGAGAACUAUGAGGGGCUUCUAUCUGCAUCUCAGGUCCCAGAUGGCUGGCCUGAGCACGGAGAGAUUCAAAUCCAGAACCUGAGUGUGCGAUACGACAGCACUCUCAAGCCUGUUCUCAAGCAGGUCAACGCCCACAUCAGCUCUGGCCAAAAGGUUGGUAUUUGUGGCAGAACAGGAAGUGGAAAGUCAUCUUUCUCACUGGCCUUUUUUCGUAUGGUGGACACAUUUGAAGGAAGAAUAAUCAUUGAUGGCAUCGAUAUAGCAAAGCUGCCUCUCCAAACUCUACGAUCCCGCUUCUCCAUAAUUCUCCAAGAUCCCAUUUUAUUCAGUGGAACAAUCCGGUUUAAUUUGGACCCAGAAAUGAAAGCAACGGACAGCAUGCUAUGGGAAGCCUUAGAGAUUGCCCAACUUAAGACAGUGGUCAAAACCUUACCUGGGGGUCUUGACGCCAUGGUGACGGAAGGUGGGGAAAACUUCAGCCAGGGGCAGCGUCAGCUGUUCUGCCUGGCGCGAGCAUUUGUGCGGAAGAGCAGUAUCCUGAUCAUGGAUGAAGCCACUGCCUCUAUAGACAUGGCCACGGAGAGUAUUCUACAGAAGGUGGUGAUGACGGCUUUUGCAGACAGGACUGUAGUAACGAUAGCUCAUCGUGUGCACACUAUACUGAACGCAGACCUGGUAAUCGUGAUGAAAAGAGGGAUCAUUCUGGAAUAUGACAAACCGGAGGUCCUAUUAAGCCGUGAGGACAGCGUCUUUGCCUCGUUCGUCCGAGCAGACAAAUGA